CCUCUUCCUUCUUUGUUUUCUUGCCCCUUAAGCAUCGCCACUAUAUAACUCCGAUGAAGAUCAAGCAACUUUCCACCAUUACCGCCUUCAAUCGGUUUGGAUAUGGAAGCAAUUCUUGUGGCUGAGCCCUAAAGGUGAAAGGAUCUUUGGAAUCUAUUUGGGCGAUUAUUGGAAAUUAGCUUACGGGAAGAGGAGGACGAUGGUGCCUGGUUUACCUGAAAAUGGAAGAGCUGAUUGCGAGGAGGAUGCCUGGGAUGAUUUUUUAUUCUCACAAAGAGGAAAGGUGUCUCAUCAAAUAGUAAAUGAUGCAGUCCAAGAAGAAAAACCUUUCAUCAUCUCCACCCCUGGCAUGUCUCCUUCAGCCCUUUUGGAAGAAGUAUCAGAAUCAGAUCGUGAUAAUGACAUAUGUUCUGUUACUCCUCUUCAACGUUUGCUUAAAAUGGUAAACGUAAUGUCACCUAAAGCAUUAAGUGCUUCUAUUAGUGACAUAGAUUCUAUUGUCUGUAUGACUGACAGAGUUGCUUCAUCAGCGCCCCUAAACAAGUCCAAAGCUGAAAUUAGCGAGGAUUUGGUGGGCACGGUAACAUCUCGUCUGAGAAAAAGAUGUUCAAUAUUUGGAGGCAGUACAGGAUCAAGAAGAACAAGACACUGCAGGAAUACCAGGAUGUAUACCAGCUCCAGACGAAUGAUGUAUUGUGAAAGUUAUGACUUGAAUUCAACAUUUACAGAAAGGUCAAGAAUCGAGACUCCUGAACAUUCCCAUUGGCGUGGGUUUUCAUUGCCGUUCAAGCAAUAUUUAUUAGAAGAAAUUAGGAAGAUAAAUGAGCAGCUGAUAGACACAGUGGUGUCUGUAUGUGACAAAGAUAUGAUAACAACUGAUAAUGCAGCUACAAAUGACAGAAGUGAAGGGAUCAUAGUCGAGUGUUCUUUUGCUGCUAUGCGCAUCAGUUCGAAUAAAAUCUCACAGCAAGCUUCAGCCCUUCAGUUAACAGUCCAUCCCUUGAAGUUGCUAGUUCCCAAAGGCUAUCCACACUGUUCUCCAAUAUUCAAUAAAUUGAAACUGGAAGCUUGUCCAACAGAUUGUGAAGAGCUUUCAUUGAAGACAAGGGAAAAGUUCAACAUGUGUGUCCGAAGCCUUCCACAUCCAUUCUCCAUAAGUGAAGUGGCGAGAACGUGGGAUGCGUGUGCUCGAGAAGUGGUUUCGGAGUUUGCUCAACGAAAUGGCGGCGGCAGUUUCACUUCAAAAUAUGGCUCCUGGGAGGACUGUCUUCACCAUGCAUAGGUAAUGCCGGAAUUCACUUCUCUUACUUUAAUCUAAUGCCAAGAGUCUAAUUUUGGUGGGUGGGUUUAGUCAAGUUGUGUAUUUCUUGUAAACAAAAAACAAAAAAAACUGGGAGUGUUCAUGAAAUGAGGUGGCUAAUUCACAGUUUCUUUAGAGUUGGGAGUGAAAUUAGGGCUUGCAGAAUUGGGUUGUGUAGAAAUUGAGCUGAGUUUGUGCUUGAAUUUUGUAUCGAAGUUUUAUCAAAUGUUGGUGGAUGAGAUAUAUCUGGAUUUGUUGUGCGCGGAUUUUUACAAAUUUAAACAAUUUUAGAACAGGUGGAGUCCAUUAUUCUUGGACUUAGUAGUCAAUUGUAUGGAUAUAUUAAAUGCAAAACUAUUCAAUUUUUUUUCCUGACUA